GCAUCCUCUGUUGCAACAAGGUCAUCAGCACCUCCUGUACCCCACCAGGAUCCCUGUGGCCCAGGGGGCCACUGGGCUGUGGAGGAGGCGAGACAGGAAGACAGGACAGAACAGGACUGGACAGCCCCGCCCCUGGAACCAGAAACACCCACAUAGCCAGGGACACAAAAGCCUGGGCUUCCUGAGCCGCCCCGCACUGAGGCCGCUGUCCUGCCAUUGAUCCAGUGGGGCCAGGCUACAGUGGAGCUGCGUGCUCUGUGAAGACUGCAUCAUGAACACGCUGUCGGAAACCAAUGGCUCCUUUGCCAUCCGCCUUUUAAAGCUUCUUGGUCAGGAGGACCCUGCACGCAAUGUCUUCUACUCUCCCUUGAGCGUCUCCUCAGCCUUGGCCAUGCUCCUGCUGGGGGCCAAGGGCAGCACGGCGGCCCAGAUCAUCCAGGCGCUGGCAUUAAACACCGAGGACGACAUUCACCGGGGCUUCCAGUCGCUUCUUACCCAGGUGCACAGGCCUGGGGCUCCGUUCUCCCUCAGCAUAGCCAACGGGCUCUUUGGAGAAGAGAGCUGCCAGUUCCUCUCAUCAUUUCAGGAGUCCUGUCUGCAGUUCUACCAGGCAGAGCUGGAGCAGCUGUCCUUUACCAAAGAUGCAGAGAGGUCCAGGGAACACAUCAAUGCUUGGGUGUCCAGAAAGACUGAAGGCAAAAUUGAGGAGUUGUUGGCAAAGGAUUCAAUUGGAGAGGACUGCAGGCUGGUUCUCAUUAAUGCUGUCUACUUCAAAGGAAGCUGGGAGGAACCGUUUGAAGAGUGGAGCACAAGGACAGUGCCUUUCAAAAUAAACCAGAAGGAGCAGAAGCCGGUGCAGAUGAUGGUCCAGUCAGGCACGUUUCCUUUGGCCCACGUGAGCGAGGUGCAGGCCCAGGUGCUGGAGCUGCCCUAUGCGGGCCAGGAGCUGAGCAUGGUCGUGGUGCUCCCGGACGAAGGAAUGGACCUCAGCACGGUGGAAAAAUCCCUCACUUUUGAGAAAUUUCAAAGCUGGACCCGUCCAGAGCACAUGAGGAGGACUGAAGUGGAAGUUUUCCUCCCGAGAUUUAAACUGCAAGAGGAUUACGACAUGGGCUCUGUGCUGCAGGGUCUGGGCGUGGUGGACGCCUUUCAUCCUGGCAAGGCCGACCUGUCCGGGAUGUUGGCCGACAGCGACCUGUGUGUGUCCAAGUUCGUGCACAAGAGUGUGGUGGAGGUCAACGAGGAAGGCACAGAGGCUGCCGCAGCAUCAGAGGGGCAGAUUUCAUUCGAUUGUGACGAGGAAUUGCCGGUGUUCCGUGCUGACCACCCCUUCCUGUUCUUCAUCAGGCACAACAGCACCAACUGCCUGCUGUUCUGUGGCAGGUUCUCGUCUCCAUGAGGGGUGCUCUCCCUGUGCAUGCAAGCUGUGCCCUCUGUGUCCCCAAACUCCAUCCAAACUCCAUGAAGUUCAUCAUUAAAAAAACCAAGUGCAGCCUGCGGGCAGAUUGGCAUUCACCUGACCAUCAGCAUAGCGCACCAUGUACGAGCUCCUCUCACACCACACUGCCACUCACUUGUGCCACUCAACAAAGAUCUCAGGACGGCAGACUGCCAUGUUGAAUGCAGGGUGCAGAACAGAUCCUGGAGCGGAGCCCACACUUUUCCUGAAUGGUCACAAACACCUCUGGCACUCACCAUGCGAGCUUCUUAUUGUACUCACAGUGCGCCUCCUAAUGCCUCCAACCCUGUCACACACGUGCCUCAACCACACCUUCUAAAUCCUAAUCCAUGCCACUUGGUGCUAUUACUCCUGUGACAGUGUUCCUCCUUCUUGGACUUUUUAAAGAAGUGCACAUUUGAAUUGUAUUUUAUUGCACAUUUGCUGUUCACCAGGUCUGUACAGAACACUGCAUUCGGCUGGGGACAGAGUCGGGCUUCUUCAGCAGCUGUUCUUUAUUGUCUGUGCCCAGCUCACACAGCUGUUGUGGCAGCAGGUUACACUAUUUAAUCUUUCAGCCUUGUAGGGAUGACAGGUUUAUUCACGUGAUUUGAUUUCUCAAUCUCCAACCCUAGCAGUUAAAUUCAUUCAACACUUAAAAUUCAUUUCAGACAUCAUCUUCCUCAUGAAACUUUCCUUUUCUCCAGAACCUGAUGUGCACUUUAAACUCAAAAUGCAGCCAUUCGUGGUGGUUGCUUUAUUAAUCUUCUGUCCUCUAAGGAAGUUCUCCACCUAGACCUUAGGGUCCCAGGGAUUAGGCUUCCAUCUCAUCUGUCUGUCUGUCACUUAUACUGCAAUAAUAAGUUACUCAUUCUGUACAAGCUCUAAUUACUUUCCAUGUGAGAUGUCACCAACUUUAUUGUGCUCCUUUAGAACUUCAUUGUUGAGGACAUUCACAUAACAAAGUUCACCAUCUUAAACAGUGCAUUAAGUGUAUCAUGUAACCACCACCUUUACCAACUUCCAAGAAGUGUUCAUUGUCCCAAAAGCAAGGUCUGCCCACUAAGCAGAGAAACCAAAUUUGUUGCUCCCUGCAUCCCUGGAUGUCACCAUUCUGCUUUUUCUCUCUGUCCAUUUACCUACUCUGAACAUUUCAUAUAAACUGAAGCAUAUGUAUGACUA